GUAUUAACCGUAUUUUCUUUGGCUGUUUGUCUACAGGCUGACUGUUGCAAUCCCUUCCCCUUUGCUUCAUUUCAUCGCUUGCUGCUCCAGGAUCUUUAGGUGAGUUGAUACCGGUGUGUGAAAUGGAUGGGAGUGAGAUAGAACAGUUGACUACUCUCGGUAGAGAAUGUGGCUUAGAAGGUGCAGCUUUGCUCGAAUUCGUAUGCGUGGAAAGAGAAAAAUUGCGAAGAGAAAAUGAACGAAUAGCACGUGACGAGCGCGCGUAUCAGUUGGAAUUACGAAGACACGAACGUGAAAAGACGGAACUGGAAGUUAAGUUAGAGACUGCUAAGCGUGCUAGUGUAAGCAGCGAUGACGGUAAUCCAUCCUCGCGUUAUAAGGCCCGUGCUCCCAAACUUCCAGCAUUUGAUGACAAACUCGAUGACUUAGACGCGUACUUGCAAAGGUAUGAGCGAUACGCUAUCUCGCAAGAGUGGGAUAAGGGCGACUGGGCGAUAAACCUAAGCGCAUUGCUUAAGGGAAAAGCCCUCGAGGUUUAUUCGAGAUUAUCGUUGACCGAUGUGACGAAUUACGACGUUCUCAAAGAAGCCUUGUUGAAACGUUUUCAUCUAACCGAACACGGAUUUCGCGUCAAUUUCCGUGCAGCAAAACCUGAAGUCGGAGAGACCUUUCCCCAGUUUGCAGUACGGCUUGAUAAUAUACUUGGUAGAUGGAUCGAUAUGGCGAAGGCAGACAAAACCUACAAUGGUCUGAAAGAUUUGAUCUUGAGAGAGCAAUUCCUAAAUAGUUGCGACGUUGAGCUUAGUACAUUUCUUAAGGAACGUCAACCCAAAAGCCUCGCAGACAUGGCGCGGUACGCAGAACAAUAUGCAGAAGCUCAUGGCAGUUUUGGAACUCAGUUAAUACGGAAACAGACUACACAAUCACUGCCACGACCGCAGCAUCAACCAUAUCAGCAGCAGCAGUACCGGGCACAACCGCGAAAUUACCCCCAAACGCAACGCUUUGAUAGAUCAGGUCCAACCGGCGUGACUCGUCCUCAAACUGCAAACUGGUCAACGCCAAGACCACCUCAGAAAACAUGCUACUUGUGUCACCGUCCUGGUCAUUUCGCUCGUGAUUGUCCUUUGUUAAACGUGUGUGACAGAGCGUGAACAGUAGUCGAAAAGGGUUGUGUGUACGUUAGCUGAUAAGAACAUUUUCUGAUCGCGAAGGACGACACUCGUAAUAAUGUUUGGGUGUAUGAGAAGUGGAGCUGAGUGUGACAGGAACUGGUUGUCAACUUGCCCAGCAGGUUUUGUUGGCAAAUCGGUGAAAGCUGUCACCGAUUUGACCUGACCCACCUGUUUGGCAAAUACCGUGUCAGUGCCAACAUUUGUUUUGGCAAUGCAAAAGAGUGCCUUAUCGGUCCUGCAGACAACCCAUUGAGCAACACUCAGCCUUCCAACAUUUAAGAGCAAGACACAUCCGUAAGCUCUGUAUUUCCCAUUAUGCCCAUUUCAUAAGAAGUACAAGAAGUUCAUGCCAUUCGAUUUUGAUUGUUUUAUCGUCAACUAAUGAAUUUCAGUGCGUUAAAAAACAGCAGGUAUGAAUGACACCAAACCCAAGAAAUUCAAUAUUCUUGAUAUAUUGAGAAUUUUGUGCAAAGGCUAUAUUUUAAAGUUAGGCAAAAUACUGGAUGGGUUUCGGUAAACUGUUUUAGGUUUUGGUAACUGUAUCGUAGAUAACCGGAAACAAAAACAUCUAUUCAUGUGCAGUCUUGUCUACCGGAACCUGAAUGCUACUGUUGAACAUGAAUGUCAAGCUGACAUUGAACUGAACUGAAGGAAAGUGCAUGCUUAAACAUAAUGAUUGUACAAAUUUGAAUUGAAGAAAUUUAAAUUUUAAAGAAGAAGUAAUAGAGCUGGAAUUUAAAUUAAGCAGUAUGCUCUAAGCAAAAUUGAAUUGUUUGAUUCUUGAAUACACAUGGUAAUGUUUUGAAGUUCUGGUUAACUUGGUAUUUGAAAUCAAAGUGGUAUAUAUCUUGUGAAUUUUGAUAUUGAACAAAUUUGAUUGAACUGAAACCUAGAGUCACUGGAUUUUGAAUAUUCGAGUGUUGUACAUUUUGAUCAGUAUUGUGGUAGAUACUUCUACAAAAAAACCCUGUGACUUUUGGAUCAAGCUUGUGAUGUUGAAAUUGCUGAAAAAGAACAGAAAGGGCUGCAGAGCAUUUGAAGAAUUGGAGGAGCUGGAUUCUAAACUCCAAACCUUUGUAAAUAUUAUAAAUAGCUUAAUUUGGUUAAUGUAGUUAUUAACUGAACAAUCUCCUUGUUUCUGUCAUCAGUUCUGUCUGUCUGAAGUUUUUAAGUUUGUAAAACCCGAGUCAUCACAAAAGGAACUUGUAGUUAGUGGUGACACAGCCUUUCCCUUUUUUUCUAGACAGAAUAAGACUAUAUAACAGACUCAACUGGGCUAAACUGCCUAAUUAACCACUUCUUAUACCUUGCGUGCUGGGAGAGAAAAGUCUCAAUCCAUAAUCAGGUGACUGUUGAAAAAACAUCGAAAUAUCCUUCUAUAAGAGCACCAAAGUUAGGCUUAAAACUUUACAUCUAACAACGUAAACCUCUUGCAUUCCAUGUCAAUAGUUCAUUUUGAAAUAUGUCCACUUUGAAAUAAACCACUCCCUCUCUUCUUCCCACUCAGAGCAGAUUUGUGUAAAUUAUUGCGAGGUUUAAAAGGUAAAAGGAAUUCCAAAAGUGGACUUCCAAAGUAAAGCAUGACUUCGGCUCAAUUACUUGUCAAAUUCGGUAAUUCUCACUACUGUCUACUCUUUCCAAGUGGCAGCCAAAAUUAUUGAAACCCAAAACUAAAUCAUGGAAAUAAAGGAAAAUGAAAAGAGGAAACCCAGAGAUUACAAAACUGUUUUGGUAAUGCUUCCAGGUCUUUGACAAUACCCCACAAUGUGGGGAUUCUUACUGAGUGCCAUAAAAUGUGAUGUGAAACAGAUAAUGGAAUGUAAACAACAAACACUAUCCUCUAAUAAAACCGUCCAAACUAUUGGUUGUUAUUUAAAAGCCAGUGGCACCUUAGUGUUAAACUUAGUACAUGUACCUUAAUUUUUCAUCUAAAAUCUUCAGCAUUUAAAAUCAUCCCACACAGGUAUUUAUUGCUCUGAGUAGUUACUUCACAUUAAUUUUAUAAAACAGAACAAGACACUGUCAGAAAAGAGACACAGGGCAAUAUGGCAUGAGAUCAACAAACUAUAUGAAUGUAAAGUGAUUUCUAGAAACAAAUUUAAUGCAGCUUUUAUUAUGACAUGGGUGGAGCUAAAU